AUAGUCACAUGGAGGCAACAUGGCGAUGUCAGUUUGCUGCAGAUCAGUGUAGUUUUUGUGGCUUUGUUUCCUGCGUAGAGAGCGAUUGUUGACAUUUGUCCACUUUGUUGUGGUUUGUAGAGAAAGUAACAGAGUGAAUGUUGUGGUGAAACAGGAGAGUUUAGUCCGGGUGUUGUCAGACACACACAGACACACAGGUUGUCGGAGCACAGGUGCAGUGUGUGUGGCUGUGUGUGUCUGUGUGUGUCUGCAUCAUGUUCGUGCUGGUGGAGAUGAUCGACACCGUCAGGAUCCCUCCCUGGAACUUCCAGCGACAACUGAACGCGGCCAUCGACGAGGAGCUCAACAAGAAACUGGCCAACAAGGUCGUGUACAGCGUCGGUCUCUGCAUCUGCUUGUUCGACGUCAUCAAGCUGGAUGAUUCCUACAUCUUCCCUGGAGACGGAGCCUCGCACACCAAAGUUCACUUCCGGUACGUGGUUUUUCACCCUUUCCUCGAUGAGAUCCUGGUCGGCAAGAUCAAGUACUGCAGCCAGGAGGGAGUUCAUGUGACGAUGGGCUUCUUCGAUGACAUCCUCAUUCCACCAGAGUCCCUUCAGCAGCCGGCCAAGUUCGAUGAAGCUGAGCAGGUUUGGCUUUGGGAGUACGAGACGGACGAGGGCGCCCACGACCUCUACAUGGACCAGGGAGAGGAGAUCCGCUUUCGUGUGACGGACGAGAUCUUCGUGGACACGUCGCCCACGGGCCCAUCGUCAGCGGAGCCGGAGUGCCCGCCUCAACCGGGAGAGGCCCCUCCAGCAGAAGAAGUGAAGAAAGAGGCACCGUACACUCUGAUUGGAACCAUCUGUGAGCCGGGCCUGGGCCUCCUGUCGUGGUGGAACAAUUAGCCCGGCAGAGGAAGGAGAGGGCACCUGGUGUGUGUGUGAAAAAUGGACUCAUCUGAGAGACAAGGGACGUUCAGCUGGAGACACAGAACUCUGUCCUUCAGGAGACAUGAAGUGGAGGUGCUCCGAGCCGAGAUGCACCAGCACCGUGACCGCCAUAUUGAGACUGUUUAGUAAAUACUGAGCUUCACGUUCAGCUGUGAAUCUGUUCAGUUGGUAUAAUUCACAUGAGGGUUUUGACCCUGAAGUCAAAAGAAAGCAAGAAGUGAGUUAAUAAUGACAUGAUGACUUAAAUGUGACCAACAUGCACAGAUCACAAAAUCUCACUGUCUCUGCUCAGGAGAUUGAGCUCAAUACUCGGUGUCCACUCUGCUACGGACACGUCUGGCGUCCACACGUUGGAGUUUUAGAGCCGAUGAGCUGUUAUACGUUCAUUUCCUGUUUACACCGAUGCUCACGUGCAGUCACAUGAUUAUCUAAGCUCUGAAGUUUGAGUGUGGACGUGGAUUAAAUCUGAUACGGAGCCAAAACCCUAGUGUGGACAAUUAUAGUUUAAAGAUUAGUGAAAUGAUUUGAUGGAUGUCUGACACAUUUGAAUUUUCAAAAUCAAAACAACAGGACAGUAAUAUGGUUUCUUUUAAUGCAUAAUGGGUUUCAUGUUUUGUUCAUCACAUGUUUAUGAGCUUUGUAAUAUUUAGAGUUUGUCUUUUCAUCCCUCAGUAAAACCGACGUGUCAUCAGCGUGAGUGGAUGUGA